AUGACAUCCCGAACCCAAGAAAUCCCCCAAUACUACUUCGCCUUCGGCAGCAACAUGCACCUCACCCAGAUGGCAUCUCGCUGUCCAAACAGCAGAGUAUUUGCAAAAGGAAUCCUCCACGGGUACAGAUGGCAGAUAAACCAGCGAGGCGUCGCGAACGUGGUGCGGUGUAAGCGCAGCGAAGAACCCGAGCCCGUCGUCGAGGGGAUCCUGUUCACGGUUAGCUCGAGCGAUAUCCGCAGUCUGGAUCGCAGUGAGGGGAUCUCGAAACAGUUCUAUGAUAAGGCGCUGCGGUGGGUGAAUGUUGGGCCUUUGGCCGUUCCGGCACUGGAGGGGGAACGCACUGCCAAUGCGGCGGAGAGGUUGAAGGGGUUGCAGGUGUCUGGGCGGGUGAAUGGUACACAGGGGUUGGGACAGACGCAUGGAGAAGAGGAUGGUGUUGAGAUGGUUGAAGCACUGGUGUAUCUGAGCGGCCGGUAUAGAAAGGAUGGGCAGAUUCGGAGCGAGUACGUCCAGCGCAUGGAGACGGCGAUGUCUGAUGCGUUGAAGCUCGGCAUUAGCAAGCAGUAUUUACAGGACUCGCUCUAUCCGCUGGUAUUUGGCGAGGAUUCAACAAUGGUCAGUCCUGAUCAGCCUGCGCAGGAGGAAGUUGACGAAAAGAAAGACCAAGGGGAAAACAACGAAUUCGACCAAAGCAGGACAGAAGAGUCGGAGUCAACAGGUGAGACCCAUCGGGUGGAACAUCAAAUUGGCAACCAUAGUGCUGACGGUAUGAAGCAGCGCAAGUCAUGGCAUCACCGACGACACAGUCUUCCAGGCCGUGAUCGACCCAAAGCGUCGAAAGGGCAGCAUUACCAGGGUCCUCGAACACAAAGUCCACGUCCACAAGGCAGGCCAGACGAGACAACCAUGAAUAUGGUCAGCCCCGGUAUCACUGAGUCUGGAGUAGCUGGUAUGGUAGGCAAAGUUAUGGAUAUUGGGCUUGGCUGGCUGUUUGGAAGUGGAAACGAAAGGGAACCAGGGAGGACUUGA